AUGGCAAGCCAGCAAUCUCGUGAAAACGUUGCUCAAACUGCAGGCCAACUCACCGGCGAAGCUCAGGUUAAGAGAGACGAAAUCCUGAACCAGGCGUCUGAAGCAUCCCAAGAAACUAAAGAAAAUGCCGGUGCUUACGCCUCCGAAACCUCCAACUUCCUCCAACAGAAAACAGAACAAGUGAAGAACAUGGCUCAAGGAGCCGGAGAGCAAGUGAAAACCAUGGCUCAAGGAGCCGGAGAGCAAGUGAAGAACAUGGCUCAGGGGGCAGCUGAUGCAGUGAAGAACACUCUUGGAAUUAACCCAGGCAACCCAAUUGACCCAAAUAACCCAACCAACCCAAGUGGUUCAGGUGGCUCAAAUGACCUAACCAAUCUAAGCAACCCAUCUACCAGGAUUUGA